AUGGCUGCCGCCCUGAGCCUCCGGAGCCUCGUGCUCACGACAUUGAGCGGGCUUGUCGCCGUGUCGGCUCAGAAGAUCCCUUCUGGUCCACUCCCUUAUCCUGUGGGUAAGCCGUACCAGGAGCCGGCCAAGAGCAAUGGGCUGGCAGUCGAGAAGCCCAACAUCAUCAUUUUCAUGCCCGACCAGUUGCGGCUCGACUCUGUGGGAGCAUUCGGAAGCGAUAUCGUCAAGACGCCCAACAUCGACGCGUUCGCCGAAGAGGGAGUCCGCUUCACCAAUGCCUUCUCACAGGCCUCGGUGUGCUCCCAGUCCCGGUGCUCCAUGUUCACGGGGCAGUACCCCCACGUGAGCGGGCACCGCACGCUGAACAACCUGCUCAAGCCCAACGAGCCCAACGUGUUCCGGUCCCUGAAGGAGGGCGGCUACCACGUCGCGUACCUCGCGCCGCGGGGGGACCUCUUCGCGGACAACGCCACGGAGCUCAGCGUCAGCGAGUACGGCUACCUCGAGGUCGACGAGCUGGCGUCGCGGUUCGCGCCCGAGGCGCGGAGCCUGGACGAGUACGCCGAGGACAACCUCGACGUCUCCGACCCCCUGUUCCAGCUGCUGAUCAGGAGGGGCUCGUUCAACACCACCGACCUGAACAACAUCUGGAACCGCCUCUACUACCAGGGCCUGCGCAACGAGACGGAGGCGUACAACUCGUACGAUGCGGCUCUGCUCCGCGGUGCGCUGAAGUGGCUCGAGAACCCGCCAAAGGAUAAGCCUUGGGUGCUGUUCCUGCCGCUGCUUUUCCCUCACUGCCCUUUUACGGUGGAGGAGCCGUGGUUCUCGAUGUACAACAGAUCUGAAAUGCCUCUGCCCAUCGAGAGAGACGAGCUGACGGGCCACACGCCGCAGUACGUAGACGCCAUCAUCGGCGCAGCCGGCCUGGACCGGGCCACAGACGACGAGUGGCGCGAGGUCAAGGCGACCUACUACGGCAUGGUCUCCAAGAUGGACUCGGACUUCGGCAAGGUGGUCAACAAGACCAAGGAGCUCGGGCUGUGGGACUCGACCGUGACGCUCUUCUUCACCGACCACGGCGAGUGGCUCGGCGACUACGGCCUGAUCGAGAAGUGGCCGUCGGCGCUGUCCGAGUCGCUGACGCACGACCCGCUCAUCAUCGGCGGCGCGGGCCUGCCCCGGGGCAAGGAGUUCGACGGCAUGGUGGAGAUGGUGGACCUCGUGCCCACGCUGCUGCAGCUGGCCACGACCAACGAGACGUACAUGCACUACGGGCAGUCCCUGGUCGACGUGAUGCACGCGCUCGGCGACGGCGCCACCUCGGCCGCUCCGUUGCCGUGGAACAGGACCUACUCCUUCACCGAGGGCGGCUUCCUGACGCGCGAGGAGCCGCUCGUCGAGGUGUCCGGCUUCCCCUACGAGAUCAAGUCGCAGCUGCAGCACAACCAGACCACGCUCGUCGGGAUGGCCACGUCGAUGCGCAGCAAGGAGUGGACGUACGUCUACCGCAUCUACGAGGCCGACGAGCUGUACUCGCGGGCCGACGACCCGGGCGAGCGGAACAACCUGGCGGAGCUGCCCGAGUACCAGGACGUCAGGGCCGAGCUCAAGGGGGAGAUGAUGAGGUGGAUCAUCUCGACGAGCGAUGUCAUCCCGUGGUACAUGGACAACCGUGUCCCUGAGGUUGCGCUUCCAAGCCCUAAUGAGCAGUAUGCUAUGAGGCUUGGUGAGACUGGGCAGUAG